GUGCGAGAACACAGAGAGAAAGAGAGCUUCGAAAUCAAGCCUCGCGCCCUGCGACCGCCAGUGCGUUUGCCAUGUCACUGAGUAAUGGAACGGACUAAGCUGGCGUUGUCGGUCCCACUUAGCCUGUCAACACGGGGCCCAAGCUGGUGCUGAUUGGGCAUGGAUAGGUUCUGGUGCCUCCGCCACUCUUGUCGGAAGAAUGAUUUUAAGGCAAGCCACCGUUUGACCCGUCUCCACUGGUCCCUAGGUAAUCUUGCAGGCUUGCAGCUGCGCGGGAAACCCCUUGUUCCCGCCGGCCCCGUCGUUCGAUGUCCAGCCGUGAUCCAGGUUCUCCGCAGCCCUCCUCUUUUACCCAAACAUACCCAUUGUUACCCUCUGUUUCCCUGAACCAGAAGAUGGUUCUCUGUUGAAAUGCUUUGCUUACUUAGUUAGCAGUAUUGUAUAUAGGUAGCAGUGAGAUCUUGCUUCGGACUGGUAGUUGACGGGAGAGGGGAAAAUAAGACAUAAGCCAGCAAAAAAAAUAAAUAAAAAAAAAAAACGAACGGCAC